CGCUAGUGUUUACGUUAACGUUAGUCUAAUUGACAGCAAAACUUCCGAAGAUAGCUCUAACGUUAACGUUACCGCUAGCUAUCACUGACGUAACAGGAUGGGAACUGUUAGCUGCUAUUGUAUUUAUCGCUAGAAAACUGUUUUCAUUACGCAGUUCCCUUGCGCUGACGUUAACGUUAACUUUACUGUGUGUGUGUUGAACUGGCCAUUGCACUGCAUGCAUCCAUCCACCGUCCACGUUGUUGCCAUUGGUUUACGUUAACGUUUAAAGUUACCGCUAACCUUAACGUCAUUCUAACUAACUAGCAUUAUUAAGUAAGUUUGCUGUCGCUAACUGUUAUCAGCUGGUAGAAUAACUUGCAAGUUGCUUAGUUAAGAUAACGUUGUUCCUGCAGUUAAAAAAUGGACAAGAUAGGAUAGCAUCACCAUCACUCACUGACUGCGUUUCUCUGCCAGACACUGGGAACCGUAAUGGUAGAGAAAUGACGCCCAUUACCUUGAGACUUGAAGAGUUUUGGGGUAAAUUUAGCUAAAUGAUGGUGAUCCCUGUGUGGGCCCUCUCUCUCCCUCUCCCUGCGGUCCUCCUUGUAGCCGUGUGUGCUUACAUGCUCGUCCUCUGGGUGGCACUGUGGAGCCGACACUGCUUCAAGGUUGAGUGUGGGCCGGACUGCUGUAGCUGCUGUGGGAGUGUGUCGGUGUGUGACUACUGCAUGCUGUGUGCCGAGACCUGGAACUGCACCGUGCCGUCCCUCCGCAUGUGUCUGGACGCCUCCUGCCCCGCCCCGGCCUGCCCCCAGUGCUCCUGCCCCCAGUGCUCCUGCCCCGACCCCUCCUGCCCCCAGUGCUCGCCUCCCUCUUGGCCCUGCGGGAACAUGGAUUUAAGCUGCACCUGCCAGCGGCCUCAGUGCGACAUGAUCAACUGCUUUUGCUUCGAGAUCCGCUUCAGAUGACCCAACACCAACCGCCUGCUUCGAGAUCCGCUUCAGAUGACCCAACACCAACCGUCUGCUUCGAGAUCCGCUUCAGCUUCAGAUGACCCAACACCAACCAUCUGCUUCGAGAGCCAUCUGCUUCAAGAUUUUUAUUCCAAACAAAAGGAUUCCAAACAAAAGGAGAUUUUUAUUCCAAACACUGCAACUCCCAAACUAUACAGGCUGUCCGGAAAGAAAAAGAUGCAGUCUGCAGUCAAAUGACACUCCAGGUACCAGCUGACGUAAGAUCACAGCUAGCAUAGACCUGGCCCAGAACUAGCAUAGAAACAGGCAUAGACCUGGCCUACAGCUGCUCCAGAACUAGCAUAGACCUGGCCUACAGCUGCCCCAGAACUAGCAUAGACCUGGCCCAGAACUAGCAUAGAAACAGGCAUAGACCUGGCCUACAGCUGCCCCAGAACUAGCAUAGACCAGAACUAGCAUAGGCCUGCCCCAGAACUAGCAUAGGCCUGGCCUAUAGAUGCCCCAGAACUAGCUAGCAUAGGCCUGGUCAGUGUGUUGCUGUGUGGGCAGGGUGGGCAUAGGCCUGGUCAGUGUGUUGCUGUGUGGGCAGGGUGGGCAUAGGCCUGGUCAGUGUGUUGCUGUGUGGACAGGGUGGGCAUAGGCCUGGUCAGUGUGUUGCUGUGUGGGCAGGGUGGGCAUAGGCCUGGUCAGUGUGUUGCUGUGUGGGCAGGGUGGGCAUAGGCCUGGUCAGUGUGUUGCUGUGGGCAGGGUGGGCAUAGGCCUGGUCAGUGUGUAGUGCUGGGUGGGCUUUUUUUAUACAGUCUGUAACUUUGCAUCCUGUGGUGUUAAAAGUAAGCACUUUUUAAUAGAAAUACUUCCAUUGAAUUUUCAUUGUUUUAUAAUUAAAUAAGACCUGUGUGUAUCUUUA